GACGCUAACAGCUUCCGGCCUGUGUAUGUGCCGCCUUCAUACAGCGGGAGGAGUGAGCCGUGUGUCAGCCGGGGAUCUGGCCGCUGCUGUGAAUAAAGAUGGCAGACGAGGACCAUGACAGCAAGGACCUGAGCUUGAUGGAUAAGCGGAUCACUAGUCUGCUGGACAUUAGCUUGCAUGCUCGCCUCCUGUCCCUGAACCUGCACUGCAAUCAGAUCUCCAGGAUUGAAGGCCUCUCCUCCCUCCAUCGUCUGCAGCAUCUCGACUUGUCAUCCAAUCUUCUUUCCAGAAUUGAAGGCCUGGACGCUCUCAUCAGUCUGCAGAGUCUGAAUCUGUCAUGUAACCGGCUCACAGCGAUAGAAGGGCUGCAGAACUUAAUAAAUCUGAAGAAAGUGAACCUAUCCUAUAAUCGCAUAGAUGACCUGAGUGGAUUAAUUCCUCUUCAUGGGCGGAAUCACAAGCUCAGCCACCUGUAUCUACAUAGCAACUGCAUUAGCGGCCUAACCCAAGUGUUACACGGCAUGAUGGGAUUGCACGGUUUAGUCCACCUGACACUAGAGCAGGAUGGCAAAGGCAACCCCGUCUGCUGUACAGAAGGAUACAGAGAUUUGAUUCUUGGAAAUUUGCCACAGUUGAAAGCUCUUGAUGGGAUAAGUAGAUCGGGCGAAUCUGUUAUUGGAUUUGAUAUAGAUUCAGCAGAUCUGCCUAAUCUGGAGUUCCUGGAGUAUCUGAUUACAUGUGACAAUGACACAGCGGAGAAAGAUCUAAAGGAUUCUACAAGUGUUCCAGUUGUAACACCCCAAAUAGACAAGGUUUUAUCUCAAUACCGAAAACGACCUGUUACUUCUGGCUCGGAAUAUAAAAGCUGUACAGAUGUUACUUCUUCCUCUGAGCAAGACUUGAUGAAAAUUCAAGAUGCCAACAACAUGCUGCGAGAAAUGAGGAUUAAGAAGUUAGAAGAUCAGAUAUCGGAACUUCUGAAGAAGGGUUUCAAUUCCCAAACAGAUCGAGAAGAAAACAUUUUGAAACCCAAGAGAGACACUGACCUGACAACAGAAAGUGACUGUGAAAGCAGCAAAGAAAAUGUAAAGACCUCUGUAACAAAGAGGAGCAAAAUCCCUAACUCUCGAAAGAACAGCCAGAGUCCGAAAUGCCACAGUCUUCAAAAAAACAGGACACAAUCUCUAAGCAGUGUACCAAAGCAAAGCACAGCAAGGAAAGAGAAAAGUCCCAGUUCCCUUAGGAGAAAAGAGAGUCCGAGCAGCUUGUCUUCAGACAGAGUAGAUGGCACAGAACGCAGCAGGACCAAACUUUCAGGAACUCUGAGAUCUCCAGUAAGGGUAACGGAUCUGGCAGCAUCCCGUACCCACGCAGUCGAAGAAUCCACAUACAGGGCACUGGUUCAGGAAUUGGACCAAGAGCGAGAGCGAAGGUGGAAAGCUGAACAACUUGUGGUGAGAUUAACAGAGAAUAUCAAAGGGUUACAAAGCGAGGCAAAGGAAGAGAAAGACAUCAACAGCAUGGCCAUGUACACAACUGACAGGAUUAAAGAAUUGCUUUUAAAGGAGAAAAACGCUAAAACUACACUGCAAGCGCUAGUGCACCAGUUAAGAGAGGAAAACGGAAGGCUGGCGAAUGAAAUAAAGCAAUUUGCUAGUAGAGAAGACGACCAUCAAAGAACCCUCAAAAAGCUGGAAGAUGCAGUGUCCAGACUAGAGACUCAGAGAAUACAGCAAGAAGCUCUGGAGAUGAAACACAUGCAGGAAGCUGAACGUAAAGUGUCCGCCUCCCACAGGGAAAACGAGUUGCUUCGGGCAUCCGUACGCCAGCACAAAGAUAAAGUCAAGCAGCUCCACGAACUGCUUACUUCAAGGGAGCAAGCGCACAGAAAGGAGCUGGAUACAAGAGUGUCCUACAAUGGACCCGAGUUCCAAGAAGCUGUGGCUAAGGAGGUGUCCAGAGCAGAACGCCUCCACAUUCAGCAGAUAAAGGAGUUUCAGGAGAAAAUGAAUGCGCUGUCGCAGCAAUACACGGAUCUGGAAGACGAAUUUCGUGCUGCUCUCGUCAUUGAAUCAGGAAGAUUUAAAGAGGUUAAAGAAGCCUUUGACACUGUGACGGCAGAGCUAGCAGAACAUAAAGAAGCGCUCUGUCACAGCCGUCUGAAAGCGAAGCAAUCAGCGAGUUUAAUUCAGGAGCUCACCACCAUGGUAAAAGAACAGAAGACCAGGAUAGCGGACAUCACUAAAGCAAAGCAAGAAACCAUAAGUUCUCUGAAAAGCAAAAUACGCAACCUGGAAAUUUUGGCGGAAGAAGAAAAACGGAAAACUGUUCAGAUUGAGCUACUGAAGCAAGAGAAAUCCAAACUUAUUUCACAACUCACAGCACAGGAGUCCUUGAUCGAUGGAUUAAAGGCCGAAAGGAAAAUCUGGGGACAAGAGCUAUCUCAGCAAGGUGUUGCAUUGGCCCAGGACAGAGGAAGGCUUGAAGCAAAAAUUGAAGUCCUUUCCACUGAGAUCGAGACGUUGAAAAAGCAAAACGAACGAGACAACGAUGCCCUGAGAAUCAAAAGUAAAAUGGUGGAUGAUCAAACCGAAACCAUCCGGAAACUGAAAGAAGGAUUGCAGGAAAGGGAUGAACGCAUAAGAAAAUUACGUGCAGAAAAUUUGGAGAUGGAGAGGACCUUAAGAGAACAAAACGAUGAAAGAGAGAAACAAUUCCAGGAGGUGAAGGAGAAGCUGGAAAGGCAAACGGAGAGAAAGGAGGAAAUCAAGCUUCAUCUAGAAGAAAAGGAGGCCGAGCUGCUGGAUGUGAAGAAGGCUUACAGUGCAAUGAAUACGAAGUGGCAGGAUAAAGCAGAAUUACUAAGCCAGCUGGAAACGCAAGUCAGGCAGAUGAAAGAAAAUUUUGAUGCCAAGGAAAAGAAACUGAUUGAAGAUAGAGACAAAAGCCUUCGAAACCAUAAGGUAGUGAUGGAGAAGCUUCAUUCCGUGGAUGACGCAUUUCGGAGACAGUUGGAGUCCAUUCUGGCGGCUCAUCAGGCAGAGCUUGUCAAAGUAGCAAAUGAGAAGCAAAAGGAAAUUGAUGUAGCCAAUGAAAAAGUUUAUCAAGUAGAAGAAGAAAUGCGCCAGCUACUCCGAGAAACUGCAAACAGUAAGAGGGCCAUGGAAGAGAAGAUCAAGCGUCUCACCAGUGCUUUAUGUGACAUUCAACAAGAUCUUUAGCUUCUGAUUAAGCGUUGCACUGAAUUACGUUUACAUCUGUUCAUAGGUGUGUUGGUAACUUAGGUGACAUUCAACUCAUUGAAGAGUUCUCCUUUAACUAGUGUCCUUGUUGUCUUUCUAAAUUAUAACUUUAGUUUGUUAAUAUUUUUCCAUGUAUUUUAGAUGAGGCUGAGGCAUGAUGACUAACAGUAUAUACACCCAAAGAGUAUGUUCUCAUUUGCACAGAGGAAAAAACACUUGUUUGAUUUUGCCAGAAUAUAAAGCGGGGAAUUGCUUUAUGUACUAUUCCCUAAUCCAGGGUAUCCUAACCAUUUUUAAGACCCAAUACAGCAAAAUAAAUUCCGAGUCCACACUAGACCGGAAAAUGACUUCAAACACCUAAAUUGACUUCCGACCCUAGAAUUUGUUCAAACCACAAAUUAAAGGGGUAAUCUA